GGCCGGGGCUGGGCCGGGGGCGGCGGGUGCGGGCGGCACGCACAAGCCAGCGCCGGGCUGCAGGCGCUCGCCGCCAGAGCGUUGGCUGUAACUUGACACCGGUGCGAGAGGCCGAGCGGAGAGAGGGAGCGAGAGCGCGGCGGCGGAGGAGGAGAGGCGAAGCCCCAGGGAGCGGGAUGGUGACCACCUCCUCCGCCUUCCCCUCCCCUUAGCGCCGCGCCGCUCCGCAGCAGCCGCUGCCGCCGCAGCGCCGGGGACUCUCGCCUGCAGCGGGGCCGGGGCGGGCGGCGAUGGGGACGGGACGGGCCCCCUGAGCUGCCGGGAAGUUUCCCCGCCGCGGGCAGCCGGAGCCGGGCAGGCGGAUGGAGGAUGCGCUCUCUCCGGCGGGCUGCGUGACCCGGCGGCGGCGGCGAAGGGGAGGAUGAAGAAGAAGCAGCAGCCCGGCGGCGGCGCUGGGGACUGCCCGGCGCCCCGGCCGCCCGCGGCCCCGCCGGCGGGAGGGGGCCUGGGCCAGGGCGGGGGCUGGAAGCGGCGGCGGCGCCUCUCGCUGCUGCCGCUGCUCUCGCUGCGCGACUACGGCUUUUGCAUGGCCGCCCUGCUGCUCUUCUGCCUCGGCUCCCUCUUCUACCAGCUCAACGGGGGCCCCCCACACUUUCUGCUGGACCUGCGGCACUAUCUGGGAAAUUCCACUUAUUUGGAUGACCAUGGACCCCCCCCGCAAAAGGUACUUCCUUUCCCCAGCCAGGUGGUCUACAACAGAGUUGGAAAGUGUGGGAGUCGAACUGUGGUUUUGCUUCUGAGAAUUUUAUCAGAAAAACAUGGAUUCAACCUGGUUACAUCUGACAUUCAUAACAAAACAAGACUUACCAAAAAUGAACAGAUGGAAUUGAUUAAAAACAUAAGCACUGCUGAGCAGCCCUAUUUAUUCACUAGACAUGUUCAUUUCCUCAACUUCUCAAGGUUUGGAGGAGACCAGCCGGUGUAUAUCAAUAUUAUUAGAGAUCCUGUCAAUCGAUUUUUAUCCAAUUAUUUUUUUCGACGUUUUGGAGACUGGAGAGGAGAACAGAAUCAUAUGAUCCGUACCCCAAGCAUGAGGCAGGAGGAAAGAUACCUGGACAUUAAUGUAUGUAUCCUUGAAAACUACCCUGAAUGUUCCAAUCCCAGGUUAUUUUACAUCAUACCAUAUUUCUGUGGACAGCAUCCAAGAUGCAGGGAGCCUGGUGAGUGGGCCCUUGAAAGAGCAAAGCUGAACGUUAAUGAAAAUUUUCUGCUUGUGGGGAUUCUGGAAGAGCUGGAGGAUGUGCUGCUUUUAUUAGAAAGAUUCUUACCUCAUUAUUUCAAGGAUGUGCUUAGCAUCUACAAAAACCCAGAACAUAGGAAACUUGGCAAUUUGACUGUGACAGUGAAAAAGACCGUCCCUUCUCCAGAAGCCAUACAGAUCCUCUACCAACGCAUGAGAUAUGAAUAUGAGUUCUAUUACUAUGUCAAAGAACAGUUUCACCUGCUAAAGCGCAAGUUUGGACUCAAGUCUCAUAUCAGGAAACCACGUCCCAGACCUGAGUUCUUCAUUCCUUCUCCCCUGGAAACAGAAGAACCAAUAGACAAUGAGGAAGAAGAUGAUGAAAAAUGGCUAGAGGAUAUCUAUAAAAGGUGAUGAAAGCAAGAGCCAUCCUUUUCUUCUGGUGACCCCUUCAGCUUUCUUAAGAUUUUUUUAAUUAUUAUUAAAAGUAAUUCCUUAAGGAACUGAGUUAAUGAGCAGCAGUGUUUAAAACAGAACAAAAGAGAACAUUCCCACAUGUUGGGGAAAUUGGGAGAUACCUGGUUUUGCGGGUUUAAUUUUAUUAUACUGUCUUGGCUCCGUAGAAUCCUUGCUGGAACAUAGUUUAAGACAGGACUAUGUACAGCCUCAUCACAAAAUAACUUUUGGAGUGCACAGUAGUGCUCUGGGCAUUUGCAAAACAUAAAAGAACAGAUUAGGCAGUAUUGUGUAGUAAGUUUAUAGACUUCUCAUCUCUCUCUUUCUCCAGAAACAAAUCUUCAUUGCAUAAUGCUGCAGCAUUAACAACCGGAAAUGAGAAGUUAGUGAGCCACUUGGGAAAAGUGCCUAUUUCUAAUUAGGCAAAACUGGUGUUUUAGUGGUAUAAUCAGAAGCAUUGUUACUGUCUGCACAUCAAAGGAUAACAGACUCAAAAGUGGAUUAGACAGUGGUUUCUGAAUAACUGUCUGUAGGAGGAGCAAGUAUACUGUUUUGGCAAAUUAAUAUUAAUUAUUGAAAGCAAGGCAAGUUACAGGAACUAGAUGUUUCUGGUUAACCCAUCUUGUUCAUAGAGCGGAAAAAGUUACCAGGUCAAUGAAUGGCAAGAAUGGAUGAAAGUCUGCAAGGCAGGGUUACAUGAUUUGAAGAGUUUUGUUUCUGCAGUUGAGUGCAUUUCUAUUAGGCCAUAAUGGAAAAGGUGCAGUAUAAGGUUUUUGUCUUCAGGAAGAUUAUUUGUAGAUCGUUACUGCUACUAUGGAUCACAAAUUUGAAGAGAUACAAAAAGUCAUUCACCUAAGAAAGAAACUUAAAUGAUAUGGAACUCCUACUAUCAUGAAUGAUAUUCCUGUGAUCUCAGAAUUUAAUUCUUCAUGUCUGAAGGAGAAUGCAGCUGCCCCACCAAUGCAGGUACCAGAUGUCAACUUUUAAUAUGACUAUAAGAAAAUUAACAAUAUGAAGAUACACAACUUUUCUAGUUUAAAUAUUUCAAAAUGAUAAAACAAGGAGAAAAAAAAAGCCAUGCUCUGUAAAACCAAAGUCAGUUCAGUGGUAUGUUGUUAAGAGAGUCACUGUGAAAGGUUACCUGUACUAAUCACUACAAUUAUUAUCAGUAAACACUAGAAAGUGGAAUGGUGGAGGCUGGGAGGUGAAAUGGGAAUAGCUCCAAUAUGUGACAUGCUGUUGUCUUUAAGGUAAGUAUCUCUGAGGUUUCCUGUGACUUGUGGGCUAGAUGGCUCUUCAGCAGCAUGCCUGGACAGGUGACACAGGACUGACAGAUGCGCAUGCGGGAACAGGCCGAGCUCCUUUGCCAUUUGCUCCACAGUAGAACAGGGGAGCCCUCGGGGUCUUGAUGAAGCCUUGGCUUCUUGGGCACCAUUAUUGCCCAGAAGGAGCUGAACAAGUAGAGGGGUAGUAGCAAUAAGUCCUGUCCUAGAGAACAGGAAAGAAGCAUGGCAGCACCUUGUCAGGAUGAAUCCCAGUAACACUUCUGGGGUAAUACAGCUCUAUCUAACUCGAGUCCUUUCUCAAACAUCUAGUAAGCAAUUUUUGCCUCUUAUUAUGUGGCUGCCUCAGUAGUGUGGCUGCUGUCUGCAAGAUAAUCCUUUGGUUUGAACUAACAAGCAAAAGUUAUUUUGUGAUGGAUGAGGCAUAUAAACUUGGGCUAAGCUCAGAUGUGCUUUUCAAGGGUUUCCUCUUCCAUGAGCCUGCUGGUAGCUGAUAGACAUUAUGGACCAUCCUUAUGACCAGUCAGUCUUUACUGUACUUACAUGCAGAGGACUAAAAUAAAGAAGUGUAAUCGUGUUAAGACAAGAUGCUAAUUUACAGAAAUAUUAUAGAGAAGAUUCUGUUCUCAUUAUUAACAUCCCAGUUUCAUGGUACCAAUGCACUACCAUGAGGGAAGACAUCAAAGAAAGCUGGAAAUGACACAGAUAACAACUAACAUAUUAGCUAAAAUAUGAAUCUGCUGCAUUGUAUAUUUUAAGUGGUUUCUAUGAAAUUACAUUGAAAGAGUAAUGAUUAGUUUACACACUGUGGAAUUGUUAUAUUUUGGAAAGAAAAUUAAUAUUCUCACCUUUCAGAAAAUUCUGUUUGAAUCCUUUUUGCCAAUGUUGUAACAGAAUAAUCAGUCACUUAACACAUUCACCCUUCCUGCAAGUUCACUGCUGCUUACCAUAAAGUCUAUUUUUAUCUGUUUAUUUAAAGGUAUCUUCAGCCAUCACUACUUUAUAACCUAAAUACAAAAACUGUUUAACGAUUUACUCGCUAGGUUUUAAUGUUGUUUUAUUUUUCCUACCAAUCAACCCGGCCUCUCCUCCCUGAAUGGUACUUCAUGGGUUUAUUUGGCACAUAGCUUCUAAGAUUCCUGGUCCUACAGCCCAUUUGUCUGUCAUUAAAUAUAUUAUAUUUUACUUGAUUGUUAAAAGGUACGUUUUAAGCUGGUUAGUCUUUGACUUAUUUAUUGAAACUUUUCAGCACAUUCCAAAUUCUAAGUUGCUCAGGAAGAAGUUGAUUUAAAUGAUUUUAUUUUGGUCUGAUGAAUAUUUCUUAUUCAAAAAAAAUCAUUGUUUGUAAGCCUUUAGCCCACGACAGCUUUGUAGGAAGUGCCAUGCAUGUACUUGUAAAUCUUUGUGGGAGAAAAAGGUGGGUACUUGACAUUUAUGAAAAUAAGAAAACAUAUGUGUACAUUAGCUUAGGUAUAAAUGAAAGCAACCUUUGUUUUGGGAUGAAAUAUUCUUUAACUUAUUCACUACCAUCUCCUGAAAUAUAAACAAGCCAUAUGACUCUUUAUUUUUCAGUCCAGUGAUGUUAAAAAUAAAGCUUGUAUAUUUCUUCAUA